UGGCACAAGCUGAGCCACGGGGGGGCGGUGAGCCUCAGUCCCGAGGAGCGGGCGCGGAGGACCCGCGGCCCGCCGCCAGCCAACGCCGCGCCCCGCCCCUCGGCACGCAGGCCCGGCGCGAGCUCGCGCACGUGCGCGCGCGCCGCCGGAGCCUCGGUCGGACCAGCUAGAUUGGGAAGCCCGCGGGCGGAGGCCGGGCUGCUGAGGUACUGGGGGAGGAGCCCGAGCCGCCGCUGCCGAAGGAGAGGAGCAUGUCUGCAACUCGAGCCAAGAAAGUGAAGAUAGCCACCAAAUCAUGCCCCGAGUGUGACCAACAGGUUCCUGUUGCAUGUAAAUCAUGUCCCUGUGGUUACAUAUUUAUUAGCAGAAAACUUUUAAAUGCAAAACACUCAGAGAAAUCACCAUCUUCUACAGAAAACAAGCAUGAGGCCAAGAGGAGGCGAACAGAGAGAGAGGAGAAGAUAAAUUCUACAGUAAAUAAAGAUUUAGAAAACAGAAAGAGGUUUCGAAGUAACAGCCAUUCAGAUCAUAUCAGACGAGGAAGAGGAAGACCUAAAAGUGCAUCUGCCAAAAAACAUGAGGAAGAAAGAGAGAAACAGGAAAAGGAAAUUGACAUCUAUGCUAACCUCUCUGAUGAAAAGGCUUUCGUGUUUUCAGUCGCCUUGGCAGAAAUAAAUAGAAAGAUUAUCAAUCAAAGACUUAUUCUCUGAUACUUGUCUGCACAAUCUGUUGAAACUUUCUUCAGGAUUACAUCAGCAAAUUCUCAAACAGUUGUGGACUCUCAGGAGCAUUCUGACUGCAUCAAUAAGGGCCAUUGAUUUUUUUUUUUUCCCCUUUCUAUCAUUUAGCCUGUGCCACACUUUGGGAACAAAGCUGUAGGCUUGGACUAUUUUGGGAUUUCCUUGUUUACCAAGGAGAAUUGUCAGUGUUUUGUGUUGGCAUAUAAGUAAGUGUAUUUACAAAGCAAAAUGAAACAAAAGUGCUGGAUGGAUGUUAAAAGAAUAAAAAGGGGUAGGACUAACUGCUGAAGUAUGAAAACUAGGGAAAUAAAAUGCUUGAUAGUUUUCAGGUGUGCCACCAGAGAUGCAAUAUUUUGAAUACUGUCAGAAAGAGUGACUUUUAAAUAUAUAUAUUUCAGAUUUUCAGCACUAACGGACUGCAUAUAUACAGUUCAUUUACUUUUAAUAAAUUGGCAAUUGAUAUUUUAUUGAAUGGGAAAUUAAGAAUAUAAACUAAAUUUUGUCUUAAAUUGAUUUUUUUUCUUGACCAUUAUUUUUAUGACUUAAGGUAUGAGUUAUAUUUUAGGAGAUACUUUCCAGACAGUUUGGAAGUUUGGGUGCUAAUAUAAAGAAAAACAUUUAAGGAUAUAUCAUACUUCAGAUAUAAAAACCUCUUUUUCUUGAAUGUAAUUUAUUUAUUGGUUUAAAAAAAACUUUUCUGCUCUCAAGAUGGUGCCUGUUAACCUAAACAUAAAAUAUAUUUAUUACAUGCAAAAUAUUUCUUACAUAGCCACUUUUAAGCAGUAAUGUUUUAUCUGAGUGGAUGUUCAUUCAUACAUCCUGAUGAUUAUUUAAAUUGUUACUUAACCUCCUUCUGGAAGAAAAAAAUAAA